CUUCUACUACUACUACUACUACUUCCUACUACUAGUUCAUGGAAAUCCUUUCUAAUUAUUCACCGGAAUCAUCAUCUGUGGUGUCUGAUGGCUGCAGCACGGGCCGUGCCAAUUAUUCCGACGAGGAGGUUAUGUUGGCUUCGAGUCAUCCGAAGAAGCGAGCUGGGCGGAAGAAGUUCCGGGAGACUCGGCACCCAGUGUACCGGGGUGUGAGGCGGAGGAACGGCGGGAAAUGGGUGUGCGAGGUCCGGGAGCCGAACAAGAAGUCGAGAAUAUGGCUGGGGACGUUCCCCACGGUGGAGAUGGCUGCACGGGCCCAUGACGUGGCGGCGCUAGCGCUGAGGGGCCGCCGGUUGGCUUGUCUCAAUUUUGCUGACUCGGUUUGGCGGCUGCCUGUACCGGCAUCGGCCAAUGUUAAGGAUAUCCAGAAGGCUGCAGCGGAAGCGGCAGAAGCUUUCCGGGUGUCGGAAGACGAUCAAUCCAACGAGGUUUCCGGUGAUGACAUGAGGCCGGAAAGAACGAUGACAUUGCCGGAGAAAGUGUUGUUCAUGGAUGAGGAGGCGGUUUUCGGCAUGCCGGGAUUGCUUGCAAAUAUGGCUGAGGGGUUGAUGCUACCUCCACCUCACUCUGGUGGAUAUGGGCACAAUGAGAAUGAUGACAUGGAAGCUGAUGCUGAAGUGUUCUUAUGGAGCUAUUCAAUUUAAUUUGCUUAUGCUGAAGUGUUCUUAUGGAGCUAUUCAAUUUAAUUAAUUUGAUUCAAUUUAUUUUGAUUUCAUUGGUUGUAGUGUGUUUUGGCUUGUUAGAAAUUUUAAUUCGUACUUAAUUUUUACGAGUACGGAUUUGUAAUUGGAAUAUUUUAGAGGAGAUUGUUAGUUUACGUAGUUCAUUGCACAUGUAUGUUCUAUAGAGAAAUGGGUGUAAUAUUGAGAAAAGAAGAAAAAUGACAUUUU